ACCGGACUUCGAACGGCGAUCGAUUAUCCUCCGAAAUACGGGAGGAAAACCUUAUGCUGUACCUAUGAGAUUAACCCUUCGUACUACCAUCAACGCGGUCCCACGGGUCUCGCCGAUGUUAGCAGGAACUCUCCGUAUGAUCUCCUGGGAAGAGUCCGCGGACGGCGAGUCAUCAACGAAUGAUGCGGACAACAGUGAUGAGGACGAUCAGGAAAUCUCGAAGCUUGCACGACAGCAUGUUUACUACUCGCCAACCAAAACGAUGGCAAGAACGAUGCAUCUGACCAGUCGGAACAUUCAAAGGACCAAGGUGAUGAUCUUGGGUGAACCCCUCGUACAGAUUUCGAGGAUGGUCGAUUCCUUGGAACCCCCUCAAACCUUGUACGAAGGAAUCACCCCUAUCCUCGCCCGGUACAGUGACAAAAAGCAUUACUGCGAUAUUACGGAUCUACCGAAGUCCCUGUUAACAUCCGCCAAAGAAGUACGGUUGCUACGCUUGGGGGCAGAGGCCAGUUCUCUGGAACCCCCUGGGCAUCUUGAGGCAGAAUCAGACGAACUCGGAAUAAAGAUCGCAACUAAAACCGUGCCAUGGCGAGAUAUCUGUGAUGGGAUCACCUCGGAAGGGCACGCGGCCAUCCGGGAGGAAGAUGCCCAAAUGAUGGCCACGGUGUUCUCCUGGCGAUCGGACCAUUCGUUCAUCUCUGCGCCACCACCCGACGUGGUGAAACAGGCACCCAUGAAGCAAGUUGACGUACGAAUCCGGGAUCAACUUUUUGAACUGCACGUUCCGCAGUAUGUGCCUGAUGAGAUUCAUCGGGUGAUCGCGGAUAUUAUGACGGAAUAUCAGGAAGCGAUUAGCGUGACAGACACUGACAUUGGCUUGUCCAAGUUCGAUAUUCGGCAUGACUUCCAUCACAUUCUGGUGAAGGAGGAAGAUCGGCCAAAGACGACCUUCGUGUUGUUUGAAGGCACGUGGCAGUGGGUUUGGUGCCCGAUGGUGAUUUGCAACGUGCCUGCCACGUUUCAACGAGCGAUGAACAUGACAUUCCAGAACUUCGUCAACAAGACGCGGCUAACACACGGGAUGAUCAACUUCUGCGUGAUCGUGUACAUGAACGAUAUCCUUGUCUACUCAGAGAUCUAUCACGGGCACGCGCAACACAUCGAGUGGAUAUUGGGAGCGCCGAGAGAUGCUGGGUUCAAAAUCACGCUCGAAAAGAGCGAAUUUUUCCAUUCGGAAAUUUCGUUCUUGGGCUACGUCGUGACACGUGGAGGACUGCGGCCCGACUCAAGAAAGGUCGCGGCGCUGGUGGAUGACCUGCCCCUAGACAUCUUGUCACGCAGUGACGAGCAGCCUGGCACCCACGUGCUGUCUCGAACGCUCGAGCCGCACCUUGUGUGGUCCACGUGUACGGAGAUUGACGAGGAYAACUGUCUCUAUCCCUCCCAGGCGCUUUACUUGGARAUCGACGUUACCGAUCUCACGUUUUGGGACCCGAUCGCRAGGAGAAACGCGGCGCAGGACGAGGAGAUAGGGGGGGCAGAGGAAGAGGAGGAAGAAGAGGAGCCAUCGAGUGAAGAACGGGACGAUCCAGACUACGUCCYGGAAAGAGAAACGGKGAUAGCUAGCRRAUCGAGCCARCCGCRUAAAAAGAACGAAGAGGAGGAAGAGCAGAGGAAGCGGAAGCGCCAGGAGACCGCGGAGGGAAAGCGACCCACGACAAACGUUUCUCCUAUCGAUCCAUCGAUCGGGGAUUCGUGGCGUGAUCCGGAGCCGCUAGAAGAAGAAGACGAUGGAACCGCAGCGGAGGGAUCGCGGAGAAGAAGAAGAAGAAGUGAAUCGCCAGCUUCCUCCGGCUCCCCGAGCGGCUGCGGCAGAAGCGAUAACCGAAAGUAUCACUUGCCAAUGAUGGCAGGAGCGGCUGCGGCAGAAGCGACGACAGUGGGCGGGGCAAACCUGUUUUCAUUUUCAAUCCGUGAAAAAGAAUUCAAAUCGGCGAGGCGGCAGUUCUCCAAACGAAGGCUGGACGGCGACCAGUGCGUUGGUGAUGUAAGUCUCCGUGCGACCGGUCCAGUGAUCGCCAUUGGUCACAUCGACUCGCAGCGACCUGUGAGAGUGACGAAUGCCUGCCAUCUACCGGCAUUAGGAGGAGGAGGAGGGAGGAGGGGGGAGGAGGGAGGAGGAGGGAGGAGGUGUUGGAGGGGGUGUUCUAGUGUGGUAACGGUCGCGUACCUGGAGAGCGACCGCCCACUUCGGCAGCGUCCCCGCGAGAGUGAUAGGCAGGCGGUCGCUGCGCCCAGUCUACCGGUAGCAGCCGUGGCAGCCGGCAAGGCGUCAGUUCUGGCAGCGUACAGCAGCCCUGACGACGCUAGGAAGGCACGUCGAGAGCAGCAGGGAGGUCGGGCGCGUUCGCCCAUCGUUUUGUGCAGCGCCCUGAGGUGUAGGUCUGCACUGGAGCACGAAUCUGGGAAACGAACGGAGAGGGGAGAGGAGAAAAGCGGAGAUUCUGAAGUGGAGCAGUGGUUGGGAGCACAGGGAAGGAGGGAAAACGAGAGCGCAGAGCCUCUCCUUAGUCGCGAGAAAACCAUGGCGACACGUGUCGUCCGUGUUUCUACCGAAGAAGAACAGUCGUCGUCGAAGACAGCUGAAGACCCCGCGAACGAAGCUGGGUCGGAUCCGCCUACGAGGGCGGUGGCGGAAUUGCAGCAGAAAGGUGACGUCAACUCAGCCACGGGCGUGGAGAUCCCGAACUGGACGAAAAAUCUCGAGCGAAAAGGAGGCGGGUUCUGGCCAGAUGCCCGAUGGUACGACCUCCAGCUGACAAGAAGGUUGCCACUGGCUGAGCCUAUGCUCAAGGAACUGCUCUUUGCUCUGCCACCACUCCCGCAAGGCGCUCGGAUCUGUGAUCUAGCGGGUGGAUCUGGACGCACGUCACGUGCAGUUUUGUCAGCUUAUCCGGGGGUGAAGAUAGUCUUGCUGGACGCGUCAAGAGAAAGGGUAGCUAUGGCGCAGAGUGUUAUGCCACAGAUUGAAGCAGUGGAGACAAAACUGGAGUUAAACGAGGCGCUCCCCAGAGGGCCAUAUGAUGCAAUCCUUGCCGUUUUGGCUCUCCAUGUUCUUGUUGGCCAUGAUACAGGCACGCUCGCACAGGAAGAUGUGAAAUCCAGAUAUGCACAGCUGCUUCGUUCACUGAUUCGGUCACUCAAUCCUGGCGGGCUCUUGAUGGUUGGCGAUCAUUGUGGUGCCAUGGGCCUGUACGAGCAGAUGAAGACGAUGGAUUCAGUGGGAUUUGUUGAUAUCGACUGUGCCUGGAGGGAAAAUGACAUGUUUGUAUUUGCUGGAAGGAAGCCAACACUAUCUUGAGCUACAACUGUUUAGCAAGUGACGGGUACAGAUUGUCUAUGGUCAAUGUAGCGUAUCCAAUCGAAGUACCAUCGAGUACCAUCGGGGUUACACGAAAGGGGCACUCAAGCCCCACAGCUUCCUGUCAUGAGAUUUCCGUUAAUGACGACACAUCACGUAUCAGUGGCCUGUGAAACUGCUGUAUAUAAGGGCACGACAACGUACUCACAUUGUAACGCUGAGGGGCAUGGGCUAUUUGUUGUCUGGCAGGGCAUGACGGUUUUGUCCCGCGUCAGACUGAGGGAAUACUCGUUUGUCACAAUGGGCCUGGCUCCACUACCCACCAACUGUGCAAAAUGAGAACGAAUUUGCAGCUAGACGGUGAAAAGAUGCCCCGCCAUAUUUCUCGUCUUUUGUGCGUAUGGCGAGUAGUGGAGCGAGGCCCAAUGUCACAACAAAGGGGUGAUCGUUUGCUACACAGUCACACAAAUGGGUUGUUGCAGUUACAAGCACCAAGGAGGGCAACAUUUCCCGUAUGCUGUCACACCAAGUGAAUGACAACUUGUCAUGCUGUCACACCAAGUGAAUGACAACUUGUCAUGCUGUCACACCACGUGGGACAUCAGUUUGUGAAGCCGUCACACACCAGGGGAGGGCAACAUUUCCUGUAUGCGGUCACACCAAGUGAAUGACAACUUGUCACGCUGUCACACCACGUGGGACAUCAGUUUGUGAAGCCAUCACACACCAGGCAACAUUUCCCGUAUGCUGUCACACCAAGUGAAUGACAACUUGUCACGCUGUCACACCACGUGGGACAUCAAUUUGUGAAGCUGUCACACACCAGGGGAUAGCCAUUUGCUAUAAUGUCAUGCCAAUGAGUUGGCAGACUGUGGCAUCAAGAUUGUCACCAUUGGUACCAAAGAUGGACUCAUGCCACUGUUAUCCACAGUUUAUUCCAGCAAUUCUCAGAUACUGUAAGGGACGCUGGACCCCUUUUCCAGCAGCUGCAGCUGCCCACCAAUAGGAAGGUGGAAACCUCGGCAAAGGGUUGGGUUGAUAAUCAGGUGAUGCCCAUAUCACCCCUGAUAUCAGCCCCUACAACUUGGGGUUGUUUGUUUGCCCCAAAAAAACGAAAAGGAAAGGGAAAAAAAAGAUUAUGAUCAUUGCCACAGUUCCCUAGACACACAGUGUACCAUUUGUCACACUUUUCUAGACAGCUGACCCUUUGUCACAUAGUCACAGCAAACAGAAUUCAAACACGGCGAACGUGUUUUAUUCUGUUGUAGGGGAAGAGCCUGUUGUCCUGAUCUGAGCCCCCGACGGGUAAACAACGCUUUUUGCUGUCUUCUUGCCCUGGUGCAGUGCUGCUUAAAAGUGACCUGGUGCAUGAUUUGAAUAAUAAUAUACGACGGUCUUGAAGCUGGUGUGAAACUCAAGUGUGGGUGUGAUGCAGGGCGUACCUGGGUCAGAAGGCUCUUUUUUUUCGGCGGCGAAGCUGCAUUCAAAACUGCAUGGCACGAUGAUCAGGGUGUGGUGGCACAGCUGGCCUUCCAUAUGGAUCAUGUGUUUACUACGUCAACUUCAUCUGUAAGCUGGAGCUGAAGUCUAGUUCUUGUUUGAGCUGGAUGAGAUGAGAAUCAGCAAGUGAGUGUUAUGGCCAGAGGAGCUCACCAACAUGUUCGACUGGAUCGGCUCCCUGUCGUCUACACUGAGGUCGUAUAUCAGCAAAAGAAGCCUACUGGUUAAAGGAACUGCAUCGCUCAACAACCUGUUGGAGUGGAUUGCCUACCUGUCCGUAUAUCACCUUGCUGCUUUCUGUGGUGAAUGCUGUGGUGGUAUGAAAGGUCAGUCGCGAAUUUCAGACCUGUUUAAGGUGUGGACAGUGCUGGUAGUGGGUUUGACUUCCUGUCUUAUGCUUGUCAUGUUAGGGCCCAUCCGAUUGCACGUUGUGGUUCAAUU